AUUUCCCCAAUCACACCUGACAGCUUGCUCGUGGUAGUCACAUCGGUGCAGCGCACUCCUUAACUGUACACUCGAACAAACACAACACAACUCGUACGAUGGCGUUCCGGUACCUGUUGAUCGUGGCAAGCGUAAUGCUGGCUUCGGCAUUGGCAGCUGCCAGCCCGGCUAACAAGCCGGCCUUCUGGAAGGGCACACCGAUGGACGGCAUGGUGGAGGAGAUGCGAUCGCUUUGCAGCAGCGAGAACGAUUCAGUCGCCUGCACCAAGUUCAAGAUCAUGAACUUCCUCGAUACGGUUUUCAAGAAGGAUAGCUUCCAUGUCUCCGACGAUGUUGAAGUUCGCAGCAAUGGAGCACUCGUGAGCGAGGGUCGUGCACCGUCCGGAGUGCUGGAACAGAUCGAGAACUAUCUGCGUAGCCACGACGUCACCUUCAAGAUGCCGAUUGCCGGUGCACGCGUUACCGUUUCUCCGCGCAACCUCGAGCAGGAUGAGCUGAACGUGACGUUCAACUUCCCGGCUGGAAAUGGCCGUGGCAUUGAGGCCCGCAAAUCCAAGCUGAAGAAGAUCGUCAUCCCGAUCAUGGUGUUUAUCCUGCUGAAGGCAAUGACUCUGAUCCCGAUGGCACUCGGUGUGCUGGGUCUGAAGGCGUGGAACUCGCUGCAGCUGUCGUUCUUCUCGUUCGUUGUGUCGGUCGGUCUAGCUAUCUUCCAGCUUUGCAAAAAGCUGGCCGCCGAUAGCCAUCAUCCCCAUAUUGCCGCCCACGGACCAUGGGAUGCGGGCCGAUCCUUCGUUCAGCCGAACUUCGAUGGUCAGGAUAUUGCGUACAGUGCCCACGCAUAAGCCUGAAUCGACAGCCGUAAAAAGUCGUGUGAAAUGCAAAUCCCGCGAGGGGAAAAGUAAUUUAUUUACCUUAUUUGUAACGAAUGUUUGCGACAAGACUUUGCUAUCCUAACGAGCAUAAUAAACGAAUCCGUAUCGAAACGAAACAACUCGUCUGAUUGGUGU